UAUAAAAAUUCCCCCGCCCCACUCCUAUAUUUACUUCUUCCCUUUUUCCAUAUCCCACCAUUCUCCUCUCUUCUUUAAUUAUCAACACCCAGUCUUGUCUCUUCCUCAACCUUUCCGAAUCUCCACACCUCCACCACCAUCCUCGCCGCAUCGGCACCACAGCCAAUGGGGAAAGGCGGAGCACUCUCAGAUGGGGUGGUGAAGAAAAUCAUCCUCUCCUACACUUACGUGGCCAUAUGGAUCUUCCUCUCCUUCACUGUCAUAGUCUACAAUAAGUACAUCUUGGAUCGAAAGCUCUACAACUGGCCUUUCCCCAUCUCACUCACCAUGAUUCACAUGGCCUUUUGCUCUUCCUUAGCCGUCAUCGCCGUCCGAGUUUUCAAACUCGUCGAACCUGCUGCCCUCUCGCGGCGCGUGUACCUCACGUCCGUCGUACCCAUCGGUGCCCUUUACUCACUCUCCCUCUGGCUCUCCAAUUCCGCUUACAUCUACCUCUCCGUCUCCUUUAUUCAGAUGCUCAAAGCCCUGAUGCCCGUUGCUGUGUACUCAAUCGGCAUCCUCUUCAAAAAGGAUAGCUACAAGAACAACACCAUGUUAAACAUGUUCGCAAUUUCAAUCGGCGUUGCAAUUGCCGCCUAUGGAGAAGCUAAGUACGAUUCAUGGGGUGUUUUUCUCCAAUUAGGCGCAGUUGCUUUCGAGGCCACAAGAUUGGUCAUGAUUCAGAUUCUAUUGACUUCGAAGGGUAUUAAUCUAAACCCCAUCACUUCUCUAUACUACGUUGCACCCAGUUGCUUUGUCUUUCUGUCAAUUCCCUGGAUUUUCGUUGAGUACCCAAUACUGAAACAGAAAUCGGGUUUUCAUUUCGAUUUCGUCAUUUUCGGAACGAAUUCCCUAUGCGCUUUCGCUUUAAACUUGGCCGUGUUCUUGCUUGUUGGAAAAACUUCUGCGUUGACCAUGAAUGUCGCCGGUGUGGUUAAGGAUUGGUUGCUCAUCGCAUUUUCGUGGUCGGUGAUUAAGGAUACAGUGACUCCGGUGAACUUAAUCGGGUACGGACUGGCAUUUUUGGGAGUUGCGUACUACAAUCAUUUGAAAUUACAGGCGUUGAAGGCCAAGGAGGCGCAGAAGAAGGCACAGUCGGCGGAUGAGGAGGCUGGGAAAUUGCUGGAGGAAAGAGAAGGGGAAGGAAAUGGGAGAAAGGGAGAUUCACAGGCCUAAUUGAAUACUAUUCAGAUUGAAAAAUUUCAGAAAAAAAGAAAAAAAGAAAAAGGAAUUCGAAAUAAAUUUAAAGGGAGUGAUAUGGGAUUUUUGCUGUUUCAAUCGAUCUGGGAUUUAGGUAUGUUGUCUGAAGGAUCUGGUAAUAUAUUUUAUUUCAAUAUUUGUUGUUAUUGACAUUUCGUUUUGAGAUCCACAUUUCUCGCUCACAAUGUCAGUUUAUUAAUGUUGUA